GGGGCGAGGCGGGGCUGGAUUGACCGAGGUGGGUGAAAGGCAGCCGGGCAGACGCGGCAGAAGGUCCCCCACGUUGGCCACAUGUCGCGCAGCGGAGCGGGUCCUGGAGCGGAUCCCGAGCGGCGCCAGCAGGCGUCAGAGGCGGGCGCCACCGCCCCGUUCCUGGCGAGCGAGCAUCAGCAUAUCCGCUACAACCCGCUGCAGGAUGAGUGGGUGCUGGUGUCAGCUCACCGCAUGAAGCGACCCUGGCAGGGGCAGGUAGAGCCCUCGCUUCUGGAGACAGUGCCCCGCCAUGACCCCCGCAACCCUCUGUGUCCCGGGGCCACACGGGCCAAUGGGGAGGUGAAUCCCCACUAUGAUGGCACCUUUCUGUUUGACAAUGAUUUCCCAGCUCUGCAGCCUGAUGCCCCCAGUCCAGGACCCAGUGAUCACCCUCUUUUUCAAGCAAAGGCUGCUCAAGGUGUCUGUAAGGUCUUGUGCUUCCACCCCUGGUCGGAUGUGACACUGCCACUCAUGUCAAUCCCUGAGAUCCGGACGGUCAUCGAUGUGUGGGCCUCAGUCACAGAGGAUCUGGGUGCCCAGUACCCUUGGGUACAGAUCUUUGAAAACAAAGGAGCCAUGAUGGGCUGUUCCAACCCUCACCCCCACUGCCAGGUGUGGGCCAGCAGUUUCCUGCCAGAUAUUGCCCAGCGUGAGGAGAGAUCUCAGCAAGCCUAUCAGAGUCAGCAUGGAGAGCCUCUGUUAAUGGAAUAUGGCCGCCAGGAGCUGCUCAGGAAGGAACGUCUGGUCCUAACCAGUGAGCACUGGUUAGUGCUGGUCCCCUUCUGGGCAGUGUGGCCCUUCCAAACACUGCUGCUCCCCCGCCGGCAUGUGCGGCGGCUGCCCGAGCUGACCCCCGCCGAGCGUGAUGAUCUAGCCCUCAUCAUGAAGAAGCUCUUGACCAAGUACGACAACCUAUUUGAGACAUCCUUUCCCUACUCCAUGGGCUGGCACGGGGCUCCCACAGGAUCAGAGGCCGGAGCCAACUGGGACCACUGGCAGCUGCAUGCUCAUUACUACCCUCCGCUCCUGCGCUCUGCCACUGUUCGGAAAUUCAUGGUUGGCUACGAAAUGCUUGCCCAGGCUCAGAGGGACCUCACUCCUGAGCAGGCUGCGGAGAGACUGAGGGCACUUCCUGAAGUUCAUUACCGCCUGAGACUAAAGGACAGGGAGACAGCAGCCGUCGCCUGACCACGCUGACCCCAAGGCUUUCUGCCUGAGAGAACCAGAGCCUAUGGUUUGGGCAGAUGUGGGAUCAAUAAAACUGUACUUCUCAAGCUUUAAUCACAUAUUCUAAUGCCAGAGGAGUGUGAACUCUAACCCUCGGGAGUCUGGGUUAAAGGCUGAAGGCACAGCUUCAACCACAACUUUUCUUUGUCUACAGAUGUGCAAAAACUUAAGGAUAAAAAUCUUCUCUAAAUCUCUGAACAAAAUUAGCACUCAGCAUUAUGUCUUGUUUAUGGAUUCUCUUAACUCCUGGAGUAACGAAAGCAUCCCAAUUUAAGAAAACGAUGACAACUCCUGUGUGCUUGU